UUACUUUUCUAUCUUUCGUUUCUCUCUCUUCACAUUGCCCUUUCUUCCACCCCCGCAGCUUCUCUAUCUUCUUCUCUGUCUAGGGUCCUCGAAUCUCCCCUUUCGCUGCUUCGGGUCCUGAACAGCCCAGUGGAGGACCCAGCUAGUCAUGGAUUCGUUUAUAGUGGCAGAAUUUCAAGCCCCUUUUCUUGAAAGGUUGAGGUUUUGGUGGUAAUGUGAUGGACACAGUGGUUUAGUUAUUGAAAACCGGAUAUGGAUUCUUCUUCUUUUGAGGGAGCUGUGCUGGAUCCAUCAAAAUGUAGUAAAUUGAGUAUGGAGGAAAAGAGAGAACUUGUGUAUGAAUUAUCGAAGUGGUCAAAUGGUGCCCCUGAAAUGCUACAAUCAUGGAGUCGGCAGGAGAUUUUGCAAAUCCUAUGUGCUGAGAUGGGAAAAGAAAGGAAAUACACUGGUUUGACAAAGUUGAAAAUCAUAGAGAACCUUCUGAAAAUUGUGUCGGAAAAGAAAUCACAGGAGCAUGAGAUUGCAACAGACAUUGAACCACAUUCUUUACCUGUAACUGGCCAAAGGACCUCCAAAAGACACAGGAAAACUGAUCACCCUAAUCGACUACCCAUUGCGGCAAGCAAUGUUUACAAUGUUGAUAGUGAUUUAGGUAAUCCUGUGUACUGCAAAAAUUUGGUGUGUAGAGCUAAAUUAAGUCGAGAACAUGCAUUUUGCAAGAGGUGUUCAUGCUGCAUCUGUUGUCAGUAUGAUGAUAACAAGGACCCUAGCUUGUGGUUGACUUGCAGCUCAGACCCUCCCUAUCAAGGGGAUACAUGUGGCAUGUCAUGUCAUCUUGAAUGUGCUUUAAGGCAUGAAAGAUCAGGCAUUGCGAAGGAUGGGUGGCGUGCAGGACUUGAGGGGACCUUUUAUUGUGUAUCUUGUGGGAAAGUGAAUGAUUUGCUCGGAUGCUGGAGGAAACAACUGUUGACUGCAAAAGAUACCAGGCGAGUCGACAUAUUGUGCUAUCGUGUGUCCUUGAGCCAAAAGCUCGUUGCUGGUGCGAAAUGUUACCAAAAGCUUUAUGAAAUUGUGGAUGAAGCAGUGAAGAAGCUUGAAGCAGAUGUAGGUCCUUUAACUGGCUCACCUGUGAAGAUGGCCAGGGGUAUUGUUAAUAGGCUCUCUUCAGGACCGGAGGUGCAGAGACUCUGUGCUUUUGCUGUGGAGUCCCUAGAUUCCAUGCUUUCGGAAACUGGUUGCCAUCCUUCAUCCAAUCCUGUGAUCCAAGAUUUCAAUUUGAUUGCUCCAAACAUUAUCAGAUUUGAAGAUGUCUGCACCUCAUCUCUUACCUUGAUAUUGGGUUCUGAAGUUGCUUCAGUCAGAAAUUUUGUGGGUUAUUACUUGUGGCAUCGUAAAGUUGAUGAUAUGAGUUAUCCACCAGAACCGACUUGUACAUUGUUCGCACCAAAUACAAGGUUUACACUCUCAGGUCUAACUCCUUCUACAGAGUAUCUUUUCAAGGUUGUUUCCUUUGAUAACACUAGGGAGUUGGGGGUGUGUGAAGUUCGGUUCAAGAUGGGCAGUGACGGGGAUGGAGGCCCCAGUGCAAAGACCUUGGUAGUAGAAAGAAGUCAGAGUCCAGCAACCAACUGUAGCAGCCUAUCCAAUCCUUCUUCGGUGGAAGAUGAAAGUAACAAUGUUAUUCCCUGCAGCAAUGAGGAUGAGACCCAUGAGGACAAUUAUCUUGCUUACUGCAAAAACACUGAUAAAAUGGUUUCUGCAGAGCUAUCUAAUGACAUGAUUGACUGCAUUGGCACAGGUGAAGGAGGAAACCUAGGAGAUUCUGUGUCUGUUUUGGAUGAACUUGCUGUGCGGAAAAUCAACUUUACAUCAAAUUCUGAUGCCCUCCAGCUUGAGAACAAGCAAUCUCCGGAUGGCCAAGAGACCAGUACUGAUAAUGGGUCAAAUGCCCCUGUCCCAACUGGCAUGGAAUCUGUGCCGCUUGUGGGUGGCUCUGAAGCUGGCUUACCCAUCACUCCAUGCAAGUUGGAGAAUGUCAAGGAUGGGCUAGGAAGAAACGGAAGGCCCAAACCCAGCAGCAAGGAUGUCGAUAAUGGGUUUGGGAGGGAAGAGGAGCCCCAAGCUGGCAGCUCAUCGAAGAAGAGAAGUGGAGGAAGACGAGACGAAGAGUGUGCUGGAAAUGGUGAUAGUGAUCUUGAGUAUUAUGUGAAGGUGAUACGAUGGUUGGAGUGUGAGGGACACAUUGAGACAAGCUUUAGGCAGAAAUUCUUGACUUGGUACAGCUUGAGAGCAACCCCACAGGAGGUGAGGGUUGUGAAGGUGUUUGUGGAUACUCUUAUUGAAGAUCCUGCUUCUCUUGCUGGGCAGCUUGUUGACACGUUCUCGGAAGCUAUUUCAAGCAAGAGAUCUGUGGUACCGGCUGGGUUCUGCCUUAAGCUUUGGCAUUAACAGUUUAGCAAAGGCCCUGCAAUAUUUAUUAGUAUGGAAACCAAUAGUGUUUAAGGUUGGUCGGCCUUUGAUUCUUUGGACCCUUUCGAAAUAUUCUUCAUUUAGACUACAAUCAAUCAUUCAUAUUUAAUAGUUGGAAUUAAUUUACUGCUUUCAUGAUGUAAGAACAUUAAGCUCGAUUGUUUUCUAUUGUUAAUAGAACAGUUGGUGUCUCUCUCA